GGGGGGCCAGGGGGCAGUAGCUGAAGGCACAUCCCACAGAGGAGACACUACAAAUUGGGGUGCCAGCGGCACCACGAAGCUUCUGGGAGUUCCUGCUGCAGGAGCUGGUGAUUCUCUGGGGGUGGGAAGCUCCAUCAAUUCCCAAGAUGACGGACCAGCAGGCAGAAGCCCGUGCCUUCCUCAGCGAGGAGAUGAUUGCGGAGUUCAAAGCCGCCUUCGACAUGUUCGAUGCUGAUGGCGGUGGAGACAUCAGCACCAAGGAGCUGGGGACAGUGAUGAGAAUGCUGGGCCAGAACCCCACCAAAGAGGAGUUGGAUGCCAUCAUUGAGGAGGUGGACGAGGACGGCAGCGGCACCAUCGACUUCGAGGAGUUCUUGGUCAUGAUGGUGCGCCAGAUGAAAGAGGAUGCCAAAGGCAAGUCUGAGGAGGAGCUGGCCAACUGCUUCCGCAUCUUUGACCGGAAUGCAGAUGGGUUCAUUGACAUCGAGGAACUGGGUGAGAUCCUGAGGGCCACCGGGGAGCCUGUCACUGAUGAGGACAUAGAGGACAUGAUGAAGGAUUCAGACAAGAACAAUGACGGUCGCAUCGACUUUGAUGAGUUCCUGAAGAUGAUGGAGGGUGUGCAGUAAGGGACCAGACAUUCCUCAGGCCAGCUGCUGCACCCAGCCCUGCUCCCCUGCUGUCCAGGGAGCAGCAGCUCCACAGCAUCUGGCCCUCAGCACUGGCUGGGACCUCGCUCUGUGCCAGGGUCCUGGUCUCACCUCACCAUCGGCGGCUGAGCUUUUCCUCCCAUCUGUCACCUGUGGCUUUGAUUCCAGCCUCAAUUAAAGAGGAAAGGCUUGA